UUGCUAACGUUAGCUCGGAUGCAGCCACUGAGCUAGAUUUAGCUGUCAAAUAUGUCUGAGGGGCCAGUUUUAACCACACAGCUCGGACCACCAAGCGAACGCACCUUGCACCCUCUUCCACACAUCUCAGACAUGCUAUUGCUUUAGCGAGCUAGCCGCCAGAACGUCAACUUGCAGCUGCACUAGCGUAAACAAACAAGAUACACAGGCGGCUAAUUUAACACACCUGCCACGACAAUGGGCGACACUAACGUCAAGAAACAGAACUGGGAUGUGAAGGAGACUGAGCUGUUUCUGGAAAUUCUCAAGGAGCUGGACAUGAAGAAAUGUCUCGAUGGGAGAAAAGUGAGGAACAACAAACUCUUCAAGGUGGCACACAGGAGGAUGACGGCGGCCGGUUAUCACAGAUCGGUGGAUCAAUUAAAGAUUCGCUGGAAAGUUCUCAAAAGUGCAUAUUACAAGUGCAAGAGACAGCCGCAAUCUAACCCCUCUUGCAGAAUACAGGGUUGGUGGCGUUAUGAAAAGACAAUGAUUGCAAUCAUGGAAUCCAGGCGUCCCCUUGUCGGAAGUGUGGUCCACACUGAUAGGAAUGAUGAGGUGACGGAAGACUCGGAUGGAGAAACUUCUAUACUGCACUGGCCUCAGCCCUGCCCAGAUAGUUCCUGUUUGAAUCUGGAUUUGAUUAUCAAAACAGACCCUGAAAUGGACUCCCAACUGAGGAUUGGUUUCAUUGGUGCAGGGAAUAUGGCCUAUGGGAUAGCAAAGGGCAUCCUCUGUGGAGAUGUUCUCCCCAUACACAUAAAAGUGAGUGCACCGUCCUCCAGGAAUUUUGGCCGCUUUCAGGAAUUGGGGAUUGCAGUGACUCACUCCAACUCAGAGUUGGUUUGUGGUUCAGAUCUGAUCUUCGUGGCAGUCAAACCCCACCUCAUUCCAGAUGUUCUAAGAGAGAUCGCGCACCACGUCACUCAAAAACACAUCAUUGUUUCUAUUGCAGCAGGUGUAACUUUGGCAACAUUAGAAGAGCUCUUGCCAGAGAAUUCAGUGAUCAUCAGGCUGAUGCCCAACCUCCCCUGCUUGCUUCAAGAAGGUGCUGUCCUGUUUUCACGAGGAUCCCAGGCAAAACCAGAGGAUGGAGCUCUGCUACGCUCUUUGUUGGAGCACUGUGGUCUUGUGGAAGAGGGCCCAGAGUCCUGGAUAGAUGUCCACACAGGGCUGAGUGGUAGCGGGGUCGCCUUUGUAUAUCUGUUUGCUGAAGCACUGGCUGAAGGGGCUGUUAAAAUGGGUAUGCCGAGCGCUUUAGCCCACAGCAUUGCAUCUCAAACUAUUCUGGGUGCUGGCCGAUUGCUGCGUGACUCAGGGAAACAUCCGGCUCAGCUUCGCUCGGAGGUGUGUACCCCAGGAGGGACGACUAUCUAUGGGCUUCAUACCUUGGAGCAAGGUGGUGUGAGGGCAGCAGCCAUGAGUGCUGUGGAAACUGCCACCGAGAGAGCCAGGGAGCUCGGUCAGAAGUCUGCAGCAGCAGGAUGCAGGAAUUGAUGGACACUCUUGUCUUGCUUUUAACUGACAAUUUAUUCAGUCUUGAAGAUAGAUAAUCAUAGGAACUCUAUGAGAGCUUCUUUUUUUUUGCUUAUUCAAAGGCUCAUGUCACCAGGGACUUGCUGAAAAAACUGGACUCUUUCAUGGUAUGUGCUGUCUUUUUUUCUUUCGAAACAUGUGCAACAUUUACACCCCUGAAACUUUAAUCACUGCAGAGAUUUGACAUCACUGUUGUGAGGGAAAGGUAGGUAUUAUUAAUGUAAGCCAACAGUACAUACUUUCAUCAUAUAUUUCCUAAUGCCGUUUAAUGCAGUCAUGACAUGAACAUGAUGGAAAUAUUGGAAAAUUAUAAGGCAAUCAAAAAUGUGUGAUUAUGUGACAUCCUGGAGUAACAUUGUGAUCUCAAUUACAUGUGUAUAAAUAUAUUGCCUUAUACUAAUAAAAAAACUGGC